UGUAACCCUCAGCAGGCAAACUGUGACGCUGCAACUCUUUCAUUUUAAUCUAUUCCAAGAUCCUUUUUAAACAAGGAGACCAAACAUGGGCGACGGAACUGUGAGGAAUGUUCAACCGCAGCAACAAAGUGUCUUUAAAUCUGAUGGCUGGGUUUACAGGAUUCCUGCUCUUUUCUACGAGAGAGAAAGUGAAACUCUUCUAGCUUUUGCAGAGCAGAGGACGACUGUGGAUGACAGCCAGUCCAAAAUGCUGGUAAUGAAAAGAGGAAAACUGAAGGAGGAAACCCCUACUGUGAAGACAAUUGAGUGGUCAGAGCUCCAACCAGUAGAAGAGGCACAGAUUGAUGGAUACCGCCCUAUGAAUCCCUGCCCGCUGUAUGACAAAACCAGCAAAACCCUUUUCCUGUUUUUCAUCUGUGUUGAAGGCACCGUCUCAGAGCAGUGGCAGAUAAAACACUCCACAAACAAGGCCCGUCUGUGCUACAUCACCAGCAUCGAUCUUGGAAAAACCUGGAGUAAAUUGACUGAUCUGACUGACAAACUGCCUGAAAUUGAAACUUGGGCCACUUUUGCUGUCGGGCCGGGCCACGGUCUUCAAACAGAGCAGGGAAGGUUGAUUGUUCCACUUUAUGCUUAUACUUCUGGCAUGAACUCCUGCUGUCGCUUGUCUAAGAGCAUUGCUCCUUUUGCACUCUCCCUGUACAGUGAUGAUUCUGGUAAAAAUUGGCAAUUUGGUCAAAUGUUUCAAGCAAAAUCCAUUGAAUGUGAAAUGGCAGAGUUUUUUGACGAAAGCGGCAACAGCAUCAUCUACUGCAACGCUCGCACUGAGGGAGGAUUUAGAGAGGAGCAUGUCAGUGAGAGUAAUGGACAUGAGUUUUGCAAGCUGAGUGGUGCUCAAAAGCUCAUGGAGACGGGCUUUGGCUGUCAGGGAAGCUUGGUCUCUUUUCCAGCUCAGAAUGAAGAUGUAAAAAAUGAUCAGAGCCAGAAAGCAAACAAGUGGCUGCUCUUCACCCACCCAAGUCACCAGUGCCGCAGGGUUAGUCUGGGAGUGUAUCUGAACAAAACACCACGUGAUCCAAAGUCGUGGAGCGAACCCUGGAUCAUCAACAGUGGACCCAGUGGUUACUCAGACCUGGCUUACAUUGCUUUGCGAUGGACUGAUGACCUGUCCUGGGUGUAUCUGACCUCUAGCCUCAUGUCAGCUGGGAUAGACUCCAGCCUCCCGCAGCCUCUGCAAGAUAAAGCAGGAUGCAUUUUCCUGCUGAAAGAGGCCACAGCCAUCAGGGAAUACCGUUUCCAGGGUGUACGUGGUCUGCAACAAUGCUUAGGUAGGUGUUACGUGUCAAAGUAACAUCCACAUGGAUGGCAGGACCCAAGGUUUCCCAGCAGAACAUUGCCCAAAGCAUCACACUGCCUCUGCCAGCUUACCUUCUUCCCAUCGUGCAUCCUGGUGCCAUGUGUUCCCCAGGGUUCAUGCUACAGUACGUCUCAGGGGCUCUGGAUCACACUUCACUAACUGACCUUAAUGGGCCACACUCCAUGGAGAUAUAUGGACUUUUUUGUAUUUUCAAAGAGGGAGAACAAGGUCAGUGAGUGUGCAUGUGCACACUAAUUGAAUAAAACGCAAUAUGAGCAAGCAUGCCAGGAAAAGCAAACUGCUCCCUGAGGGGUUAUUUAGGUGGAAGGCAGCUGUUUAAAGAUGGCAGAAGACCGGCUGUGAGCCACAUCACACUUACACCUAAAUCCUCGGAGAGAUUACCUCCACAUAUUUAACCAAAGUUCCUCUGGAAAUGAUAAAACUGCAGGGCAAAAAAUUCUUCCCAUAGGCCAGCGCUUAGUUGAUUGUAGUCUUUAACUGUAAAACUACACAUAAAACUGCAAAAUGCACAAGACUAAUCUUGAUAGACAAACAAAUGCUUUUGUAGGUUUGCAUGUUUUUGAGUUCCCUAAAUGCUUUAAAUCAAACGUAUAAUUUUAGAGGUAAAAAGUAGAGGAAAUUGUAUGAUUAUUACAGAUAUUGCAUGUAGAGUUUGAGUUUCUUCUGGAGAAUUAUUCUGCUAUUCAAGGGCUUUUCAGGAAAAGCAGAUCAUUACACUAUCCCAGCUGACUCGGGCGAAGUCAGGGGACACCCUAGACAGGUCGCCAGUCUGUCGCAGGGCCACAUACAGAGACUCACAUUCACACCUACAGGCAAUUUAGAACGACUAAUUAACCUCAGCAUAUUUUUGGACUGUGGGAGGAAGCUGGAGUACCCGGAGAGAACCCACACAUGCACAGGGAGAACAUGCAAACUCCAUGCAGAAAGAUCCCAGGCAAGCGAACCAGGGAUCUUCUCACUGCAAGGCGAAAGUGCUAACCACUACACCACUGUGCAGCCCUGAAAUACAGGGCGUUUUUCCUUUUCAUGAUCUAAAAGGGAUAUACGAUUUUUUUUUAAAUGCUUUGAUUUUCGUUUUAUAUUUAGAAUAACAAGAAAGUAAAAUCAGUAACAGACAGAAACGAAAAAAGGUCAGUUUUUUUCAUUUUGUGAGACCGGAAGUGGUCAUCAGCAAGUGUGGAUUCAAACAGAGUACGGUGCAUAGACUGUACAUACAUUUUUUUUUUCGUGAGUUUUCAUGGUCAAAAUGAGAGAUCAGGUGGCCGAUCUUAAAAUAAAUCAAGAUUGAUUUUUUUUUAUAGAGCGUUAAAGUUUUGCGAAGCGAGGGGGCGGGGCUACUUGACUGACAGUCCGGUCUGGAAUGAUUGACAGGUCCUAUGGAGGAGGCAGCAGAGACUCUGCUCUCCUCGUUUGGAUUAAUUCUGAUAUAAUAACUGUUGGUUUAUUUAUCGGUGGAGCAGCACAACAUUUUCCACAGACAGUUUUCCUGCCCAUUGGCUUGUUUUAACCAGUUUUCUACCUUGGGCUGAUUCUACCAGCAGACACUGAAAGGACUCUGAUAGUUCAGUAAUUAAAGCCGCGCUUCCACAAGCACCUACUCGGCGCGGUGCGGCUCGGCUCGUCUUUGUUUGCGAGCGUUUCCAUAUGGGUUAGUGCAUGGUAUCAGGCACUAUUUUCCAUCCCUUCUCGGCUGAGGUUCCAAGCAAGAUGAAUUGAGCCGAGAUGUGACGUCUACAUAGUGCAGGCCAUUGAUUGGACAGGAGUGCAGCCCACUGAUUGGACAGGGAUUGACGACACAGGAGAGCGACUCCAGCACGAAAACAAAACCGGCAUUUAAAAAAAAAAACUAAACAGCGAGGGUGUACAUUGCUCUUCACGGAGCUCUCUGUUCUUCAUAAUUUUAAUAUGACAGCCAGACCUGUACUGUGGGUGAAUGAAGAGGUCGAGACUUUUCUGUCUUUGGUGGUGGACCAAAGAAUACAGAGGGAGCUGGACAUAGAAAGUUUAUCAGGAGGUCUCAGAGCGGAUGGCUGCUCACAUAUACAGUAGACUGUAUAUAAAGAGGACAAUGAAGCAGUGUAGGGAGAAGCUGAAAAAGCUCAAAAAUGACUAUUGGUCCACCAAGGACCACAGCGGUCGGCGUGGGUCAACCAGGAGGUGUUGGAAGAGGUUUAAUGGAAGCUAUUUACUGGCACCGCACCGACGAGCAACAGGAGGGAGACUCAGCUGCUGCAUUAUUGGAGACGUUUGAGAACGGUGAGUGUUUUGUGACUUCAAGAAACUUUUACAUUAUUUAUCCCAUUGGUGGCAAGCUCCCUUUAAGCAAACUAGUAUAUUUAGAAAGUAGCGUUGUUGUCUCCUGUAGCAGACAAUAAGCUAGCUAGUUAGCCAUCAGCGCUAGCUAGGUAGCCAUCAGCGCUAGCUAGUUAGCCAUCAGAGCUAGCUCCGUGCUCCGCUUGUAUUUCGUGCUGCUUCUUCUAACGUUUAGCUCAGAAGCUAAUACAUCAGUCAGCAUGACGAACUAAGCUAGUGGUCUUAAAGGUUUAUUUUUUUCACAAGUUACAAUGUCGUAUUUUUCGUGUACUUAGGGUGAAUGUUUAUUUCUGUUCAAGAAUCCCUUUCGACAUGCAAAGCCUGCUCCACCUCCGUCGCGGAGCCCCCAGCUCCCCUGCCUCCUCUCCACCACCAGUACCAACUCGGACACCGACCCUGUCAGCAUCAACCUCCAGCACGUAACAGCAACGUCUUAUCACUGGCAAUAGGAAAAGAGGCCACAGAAAAUUGGACCUUCCAAGCGUACUUGUGGAGAUGCAGGCUGAGGAGGAGUGGAAUCAUGCCCAGCAUGAUGAGAACAUCUGGUUGCUCCUCAGCGAAGCAAGAGAGAAUGAAGGGGCCUUGCAGCGGAGGAGAUGGCCCAGAAUACUGCCUUCAACCAGUCAUUCCUGGGUGUACUGGGGCAGCUGGUGCAGGCAGUGGGCAGCCAGCGAGUCCACCUCCCAGAGACUUGAGAUUUAGUUGUAUAUAGUUUUACUUUUAGUCCUCCACUGUAGGAGAGGCCCACCACAGUUUGUACUUUGCACAUUGUAAAUAGUUUUGAUUUUGCUGCUGACUAAUAAACUAUUUUGUGACUUAUGUAAUUGCAUCAUAACUUUUCAUUUUGUCUGUUAAGACACUGGUAGGAAAAGAGUCAACAGUCUAAACCAAACAAUUCUGUAUUCCCUAAUAAUGCAUUUAUGUUUAAUGGGAUUUAAUAUGUUUUAACACAAACUUCUUUAUGGUUCAUAAUUCCGUUGACUGAAUUACACCAAAGCAAUACUGAUUUAUCAAACUGGAAUAUUCUUAAAACAGCUGUUUUAAUGUUUUGGUGUUUAAUUUGUCAUGUAAUCUUGCUAACCUUCACAAAUAAAACAAUAGCACAGACACAUCUGCAAAAGGUACAAAAGUUUAUUGUCAGAAUUGCAUUAAAGAAAACAAUAGCGGUCCGGGGACAGAAAAACAGAAGUAUAACGAGAAGAAUAACUUUUAACCUCUGCAUGACACGUACUGCAUCAGUGCAUCCUGUACAUCUCUGUCCUCCUCCUCUACACCUUGUGCCACUGCAGGUUCAUGUGCUGCUGCUUCAGGUAAAUCCCAUCAAGUCUCAUAAGAGCCAUCUGAAACACAUACAUAGCAUACAUAUUUUAAUACCUAAUAGCGAUAAACUGCAGCCAUUACAGGGUCGUUCACAGGACUGAUAAACGACAGCUAGCGAACUAGCAUUAGCUUACCCUCAUAUGUCGUCUAGUUCAAAGCCUCUUGUUUUCGACUUGAUACUGCUGCAUCGCCUCCCAAACUCUCCUGUGUGUCUCCUGAGUGUUUCGACUCGCUGCUCUCAGCUUUCUCCGACUCUUCUUUUACUUUGAAUCUGACAGAAAGCCCAGACCGAGCAGCAGGUAUACCACGUUAUGCUGCGUUUGUGUCGCACGCAAAUGACGUUAAGGGACUUUCGGCUCGCCGUGCUAUGACGACACCACCCACGAUGAGGCUAUAUGGAAAAACAACUAAACCGAGACGAGCCGAGUCAAAUACUAUACUGAGUGAAAGUAGCAGUUCCUCCUUAAGGUCAGAGAUUGCAGCAUCUGAGGGCCUCUUCAAAAGAAGACGUAGUUGAUGAAGGCGUUCUGGAGCAGGACCAGAAAGACCACGACCAAGCAGCCUUGAGAUCUUAGGCAGCGUCUCCCUCAGGUCCCUCUCUAUCUCCCCACACAUCCACCAACCACUGGAACACAUCUCCAGAGUUCUGCCGGGCCAGCUCAGCUUCCCCUCAGAAGAAGUGCCGCCACCUGCCAGAUGAAGGAGCCUUUUGAGAGGCAGCUGGCAUCGUGAUUGGACUGUACUUUGGUCUGUUCCAAUCCAGCUUCAGCUCCAGAGACGGCAGGCAGGACGAGUCAGCGGAGGCCGGGUGGACGAAGGCAUGCAGCUGAGUGGAAACAAAAAUGUGAUUUUUCAACAUGUUGUAAAAACGUGCCAUAUGAUGAAAUAAUGUAAAGGAGGGCAAGAAAAACAUUAUGGUAAGCUUUUCUUUGAAAAAAGAAAAUCAUCAUGAAUUUUGGCGCAAAAAACGCCAGAGUAUACUAUGUCGGGGAAAAAAAUUCGUUUUUUCAACAUGUUGUAAAAACGUGCCAUAUGAUGAAAUAAUGUAAAGUAGGCCAUGAAAAACACUCCAGAAAGGUUUUCUUUGAAAAAAAAUCAUCAUGAAUUUUGGCGCAACAGAAACGCCAUAGUAUACUAUGUCGAAAAAUGUCAUUUUUCAACAUGUUGUGAAAACAUGCCAUAUGAUGAAAUAAUGUAAAGGAGGCCGUGAAAAACAUUAUGGUAAGGUUCUCUUUGAAAAAAAGUCAUCAUGAAUUUUGGUGCAAAAAAAAACGUCAUAGUAUACUAUGUCGAAAAAAAACCUGCGAUUUUUCAACAUGUAAAAACGUGCCAUAUGAUGAAAUAAUGUAAAGUAGGCCGUGGAAAACACUCCAGAAAGGUUUUCUUUGAAAAAAAAAUCAACAUGAAUUUUGGCACAAAAAAAAACGCCAUAGUAUACUAUGUCGAAAAAAAACCUGCGAUUUUUCAACAUGUUGUAGAAAUGUGCCAUAUGAUGAAAUAAUGUAAAGUAGGCCGUGAAAAACACUCCAGAAAGGUUUUCUUUGAAAAAAAAAUCAACAUGAAUUUUGGCGUAAAAAAAAACGCCAUAGUAUACUAUGUCGAAAAAUGUCAUUUUUCAACAAGUUGUAAAAACGUGCCAUAUGAUGAAAUAAUGUAAAGUAGGCUGUGAAAAACACUCCAGAAAGGUUUUCUUUGAAAAAAAAAUCAACAUGAAUUUUUGCGCAACAAAAACGCCAUAGUAUACUAUGUUGAAAAAUGUCAUUUUUCAACAUGUUGUGAAAACAUGCCAUAUGAUGAAAUAAUGUAAAGGAGGCCGUGAAAAACAUUAUGGUAAGGUUCUCUUUGAAAAAAAAGUCAUCAUGAAUUUUGGCGCAAAAAAAAAAACGUCAUAGUAUACUAUGUCGAAAAAAAACCUGCGAUUUUUCAACAUGUUGUAAAAACGUGCCAUAUGAUGAAAUAAUGUAAAGUAGGCCGUGGAAAACACUCCAGAAAGGUUUUCUUUGAAAAAAAAAUCAACAUGAAUUUUGGCGCAAAAAAAACGCCAUAGUAUACUAUGUUGAAAAAAAACCUGCGAUUUUUCAACAUGUUGUAGAAAUGUGCCAUAUGAUGAAAUAAUGUAAAGGAGGCAGUGAAAAACACUCCAGAAAGGUUUUCUUUGAAAAAAAAUCAACAUGAAUUUUGGCGUGAAAAAAAAUGCCAUAGUAUACUAUGUCGAAAAAUGUCAUUUUUCAACAUGUUGUGAAAACAUGCCAUAUGAUGAAAUAAUGUAAAGGAGGCAGUGAAAAACACUCCAGAAAGGUUUUCUUUGAAAAAAAAAAUCAACAUUAAUUUUGGCGUAAAAAAAAAAAACGCCAUAUUAUACUAUGUCGAAAAAUGUCAUUUUUCAACAUGUGAAAACAUUCCAUAUGAUGAAAUAAUGUAAAGGAGGCAGUGAAAAACACUCCAGAAAGGUUUUGUUUGAAAAAAAAUCAACAUGAAUUUUGGCGUGAAAAAAAAUGCCAUAGUAUACUAUGUCGAAAAAUGUCAUUUUUCAACAUGUUGUGAAAACAUGCCAUAUGAUGAAAUAAUGUAAAGGAGGCAGUGAAAAACACUCCAGAAAGGUUUUCUUUGAAAAAAAAAAUCAACAUGAAUUUUGGCGCAACAAAAACGCCAUAGUAUACUAUGUCGAAAAAUGUCAUUUUUCAACAUGUUGUGAAAACAUGCCAUAUGAUGAAAUAAUGUAAAGGAGGCAGUGAAAAAAACUCCAGAAAGGUUUUCUUUGAAAAAAAAAUCAACAUUAAUUUUGGCGUAAAAAAAACAAAACAAAAACGCCAUAUUAUACUAUGUCGAAAAAUGUCAUUUUUCAACAUGUGAAAACAUUCCAUAUGAUGAAAUAAUGUAAAGGAGGCUGUGAAAAACAUUAUGGUAAGGUUCUCUUUGAAAAAAAAGUCAUCAUGAAUUUUGGCGCAAAAAAAAACGUCAUAGUAUACUAUGUCGAAAAAAAACCUGCGAUUUUUCAACAUGUUGUAAAAACGUGCCAUAUGAUGAAAUAAUGUAAAGUAGGCCGUGGAAAACACUCCAGAAAGGUUUUCUUUGAAAAAAAAAUCAACAUGAAUUUUGGCGCAACAAAAACGCCAUAGUAUACUAUGUCGAAAAAUGUCAUUUUUCAACAUGUUGUGAAAACAUGCCAUAUGAUGAAAUAAUGUAAAGGAGGCAGUGAAAAAAACUCCAGAAAGGUUUUCUUUGAAAAAAAAAUCAACAUUAAUUUUGGCGUAAAAAAAAAAAACGCCAUAUUAUACUAUGUCGAAAAAUGUCAUUUUUCAACAUGUGAAAACAUUCCAUAUGAUGAAAUAAUGUAAAGGAGGCUGUGAAAAACAUUAUGGUAAGGUUCUCUUUGAAAAAAAAGUCAUCAUGAAUUUUGGCGCAAAAAAAAACGUCAUAGUAUACUAUGUCGAAAAAAAACUUGCGAUUUUUCAACAUGUUGUAAAAACGUGCCAUAUGAUGAAAUAAUGUAAAGUAGGCCGUGGAAAACACUCCAGAAAGGUUUUCUUUGAAAAAAAAAUCAACAUGAAUUUUGGCGCAACAAAAACGCCAUAGUAUACUAUGUCGGAAAAAAAUUUCGAUUUUUCAACAUGUUGUAAAAACGUGCCAUAUGAUGAAAUAAUGUAAAGUAGGCUGUGAAAAACACUCCAGAAAGGUUUUCUUUGAAAAAAAAAAUCAACAUGAAAUUUGGCGCAACAAAAACGCCAUAGUAUACUAUGUCGAAAAAUGUCAUUUUUCAACAUGUUGUGAAAACAUGCCAUAUGAUGAAAUAAUGUAAAGGAGGCCGUGACAAACACUCAAGAAAGGUUUUCUUUGACGAAAAAAUCAACAUGAAUUUUGGCCCAAAAAAAAAACGCCAUAGUAUACUAUGUCGAAAAAAAACCUGCGAUUUUUCGACAUGUUGCAAAAACGUGCCAUAUGAUGAAAUAAUGUAAAGGAGGCUGUGAGAAACACUCCAGAAAGGUUUUCUUUGAAAAAAAAUCAACAUGAAUUUUGGCGCAAAAAAAAAAACGCCAUAGUAUACUAUGUCGAAAAAUGUCAUUUUUCAACAUGUUGUGAAAACAUGCCAUAUGAUGAAAUAAUGUAAAGGAGGCAGUGAAAAAAACUCCAGAAAGGUUUUCUUUGAAAAAAAAAUCAACAUUAAUUUUGGCGUAAAAAAAAAAAAACGCCAUAUUAUACUAUGUCGAAAAAUGUCAUUUUUCAACAUGUGAAAACAUUCCAUAUGAUGAAAUAAUGUAAAGGAGGCUGUGAAAAACAUUAUGGUACGGUUCUCUUUGAAAAAAAAGUCAUCAUGAAUUUUGGCGCAAAAAAAAACGUCAUAGUAUACUAUGUCGAAAAAAAACUUGCGAUUUUUCAACAUGUUGUAAAAACGUGCCAUAUGAUGAAAUAAUGUAAAGUAGGCCGUGGAAAACACUCCAGAAAGGUUUUCUUUGAAAAAAAAAUCAACAUGAAUUUUGGCGCAACAAAAACGCCAUAGUAUACUAUGUCGGAAAAAAAUUUCGAUUUUUCAACAUGUUGUAAAAACGUGCCAUAUGAUGAAAUAAUGUAAAGUAGGCUGUGAAAAACACUCCAGAAAGGUUUUCUUUGAAAAAAAAAAUCAACAUGAAAUUUGGCGCAACAAAAACGCCAUAGUAUACUAUGUCGAAAAAUGUCAUUUUUCAACAUGUUGUGAAAACAUGCCAUAUGAUGAAAUAAUGUAAAGGAGGCCGUGACAAACACUCAAGAAAGGUUUUCUUUGACGAAAAAAUCAACAUGAAUUUUGGCCCAAAAAAAAAACGCCAUAGUAUACUAUGUCGAAAAAAAACCUGCGAUUUUUCGACAUGUUGCAAAAACGUGCCAUAUGAUGAAAUAAUGUAAAGGAGGCUGUGAGAAACACUCCAGAAAGGUUUUCUUUGAAAAAAAAUCAACAUGAAUUUUGGCGCAAAAAAAAAACGCCAUAGUAUACUAUGUUGAAAAAUGUCAUUUUUCAACAUGUUGUAAAAACGUGCCAUAUGAUGAAAUAAUGUAAAGUAGGCUGCGACAAACACUCCAGAAAGGUUUUCUUUGAAAAAAAAAAUCAUCAUGAAUUUUGGCGCAAAAAAAAACGCCAUAGUAUACUAUGUUGAAAAAUGUCAUUUUUCAACAUGUGGUAAAAACGUGCCAUGUGAUGAAAUAAUGUAAAGUAGGCCGUGGAAAACACUCCAGAAAGGUUUUCUUUGAAAAAAAAAUCAACAUGAAUUUUGGCGCAACAAAAACGCCAUAGUAUACUAUGUCGAAAAAAAAUUUUGAUUUUUCAACAUGUUGUAAAAACGUGCCAUAUGAUGAAAUAAUGUAAAGGAGGCAGUGACAAACACUCAAGAAAGGUUUUCUUUGACGAAAAAAUCAACAUGAAUUUUGGCCCAAAAAAAAACGCCAUAGUAUACUAUGUCGAAAAAAAACCUGCGAUUUUUCGACAUGUUGCAAAAACGUGCCAUAUGAUGAAAUAAUGUAAAGGAGGCUGUGAGAAACACUCCAGAAAGGUUUUCUUUGAAAAAAAAUCAACAUGAAUUUUGGCGCAAAAAAAAAAACGCCAUAGUAUACCAUGUCGAAAAAUGUCAUUUUUCAACACUAAAUCUUAUUGAAAAAUAUGUUUUACUUAAGUCCACCUGUUUCAGCCAUCUCUACCCCUCAUUAGGUACCACUCUAAGGUAAAUUAUUCAAAAAAAGUCCAGUAGAUGUCACUGUGUUUUGAAAUAGCAUGCAGAGCAAGUUUGUCUGCUCACAGGAAGUUAGCACAAGCAAAAUCACUCCUCACAUGAGGCCUCUGUUUGCUGUGCUUUUCAAAGGUAAAGUAAUACUUUUGACAUAUUAUGAUGCCUGAGGAGCUGAACACAAAUGUGUCAUUUGAAAUGUAAAAAAAAAAAAAAAAAAAAAGGGUAAAAUAAUUUUUCUCAACCGUUUGGUAGAGGUCAAUAUUUUAAAAAUUGCUGGGUCUCUUCAUAAAAAAAAAAUUGAUUGUUGUUAUUAGUGCCCCAAAGAGAUAAGAAAUAUAAAGAAAUAAUUUUUUCAUCGCCUUUUUCUUGGUGAGGAUGUUUAAGGGUUAACUUAACAUCUGUAAACAAAACAAAAACGUAUCAACAAAGUUUUCUGUUAGAGUUUGUGUUCUUAUAACUUUAACUCCAAGAUUUUAAAUACUUUCGUUUACUGCAAAUGAAUAUCUACUCCAAAUGUCUCACUAAUAAUCAUUAUCAGCCUUAAAAACCCACAAAACACCCCUCUAUACUCCACCACACUUAGUACAGUCCGGUUCCCCCUUCUAUAAAUCUGCUUGGAAUCUUCCACUUCCUGUUUGUCAAAGUGGCCUUCUACCUGGACAGGUUUUGUUGGAGCUCAUGCAACAAACAUUUUGGGUAACUGCACUUUAAUAUGGAUGGAUGAUACUGAAUUAGAGUCUGUUUUAAUGAGACUGAGUUAAGAUGUGUAGCUCUGUCAUUAAAUAGGAAAUUAUUUCUCAGAAUUCACAGAGAAAAGUCUGAAAUGUUUGCUCGGUUAGCAUCCCACAUGUUCUUUGGCUCAGCUAAAGCUAACCCUCUCCACCUUCUGGAUCUCUUGAGUUGCUUGUUGUUAAAAUAUCUUGCUAUAGGUGCUGAACCUCAAAGUCUGAGAUGUUUGUUCAAAAUAAGCUCAUUCUCAAAUCUUAUCUGAACUGUCCUCUUUUGUUUGAACUUUCCCUAAACUUAGCAGUUAAUGACAGAGCAGCACAUCCAGACUCAGUCUCAUUUAUGUAGAGAUUAAACUUCAGUGUCAUUCAUUGAUGUUAAAGUGCAGUUUUUCAAAUGUUUGUUGCACAUGCUCCCGACCAAAGCAGUCCAGGUGGAAGACGAUGUGAAGAGAAAGCUCCAGAGGAUGAAUAUCACACAUUUACGUUGGAAAUAAAUGUCCUUUAAUUAGACAUUGUCAUGCAAAAGUUGGAUUUCCCUUUAAUGAUGUUCAAAUCUUUGAGUGUUUUGUUGAUGUUGGUUUCUAAAUGUUUUGUGACACUCGGCCCCAAAGAUUAAAACCUUCUACGGCUCACAAGCUGCAACAAUUCACACAUUAUCAACUAUCUUUCUGACUAAAAUAAAAAGUGAAAAACUGCCUGA